AUUCAUAUCCAAUGUUACUGGUAGCAAACAAAGUGGAUUUAAUUCAUUUGAGAAAAGUGACGGAAGAUCAAGGACGCGACUUGGCUGCCCAAUUAAAGAUCUCUUACAUUGAGACAAGUGCCAAAGAUCCACCACUCAAUGUGGAUGCUGCCUUCCACGAAGUAGUUCGAAUCAUAAGAAAUUUGCCGCCGCAGACCGAUAAAAAGCGCCGCCGUGAAUGGUGGAAAAAUAGAAAAUGCGUUCUUCUCUAGCGUAACGUCGAUUUUAAAUCCGGAGAAAAAUUACGUUUUCGUGUGGAAUGUUAAAAGUUGAAAACGAAAUGUUAUUCUGUCAUUCGUGCGAAAUCGUAAAAAU